AUGCUAGUAUUUCAGAUGACUCACCUCUGGAUACCUGGGUUGCCCUACAAGAAGGCUCCCGUAGCCGACCGGUUCAAGUCGAGUGCGCCAUUUCUUUCGUUUCCCACGGCACACACGGCGCGCUUCGUCUUUCGCCGGAACUACGAGAACACCUCUUCCCGCUCCUUCCAGACAGUCUCGCCCCCCCGAACUGUCGUCCGCUCUCUCCUGCCAGUCUCGACUGGUGUCCGUUCCCUCCCCCGCAAGUCAGCUUCGCCUGACGUCCGUUCUUUUGCCCAGUUGCGACAGGGCUCGCAACUGCCGGUCUCCGUGAGACCAUCCACUCCUUCCCCUGCUUCCCCACCUGUCCCAGCUGCCACUGGGGCAGGGCGUUCGCUAACAGGCUCCGUCCUUUCCUCUCGCUUGGAGGAAAGGCGGGCUUCUCGACAGGCACGCUCUCGGCCUUGGGCUGCUACACCCAAGGUCGAGGGGCACAAGAAGUCCCCCGAGGGACACCGGUCGACAACCCGCCCUUCCCCCCGAGUCGAACGAGCCUCUGGUCCGUACACCCGGGCUAUUCGCAGCCCACAUAUGGCGGCACGUACUCGACGAGCGCUCAGGCGGAUCGACGAGGUUCUUGCUAAGCCUGCCCUGGUCAAGGCUGGGGCGGGUGAACGUAAGGCCAAGUCCGUGAAGUCGGUUCGUUUCGGCGAGGACACCAUCAUCCCUGUGUCCUGUUGGAUAGUUCGGCGCGAGCAUGUCUUUCCUGCCCCACUGGCGGCCAUGGGUCACCUGCAAGGUUGGAAAGUCACUCCUCGUGCGGAGCCAGACGAGGAGGGUGAGAUGGAAAAGUACACCACAUACUGGGGUUCAGACUCAUAUGUGAUGCUUGACAUCCACUCUGCCUCGGAGCCAUGCGGACGUGACGGAUGCCAAUACCAGCGCCUGGCUAGCAUUGCUGCCAGGAGGCCAGGCUGGGGUCCGGCCACGGUCUUCUUGGCUUGGAACAUGCUGAGAGAGAAGGUCCGGCAACGUGGUGGAUUCCGGCUAUGCUGGCGUGUAUCCUGCUGUGGUAUUGGUGGCGCAUUAUGCACCGAAGAGAGGAUUCUGGAGCGAGGGUUCCCUAACCACGAGGGCUCCCGACGAACGAGACGGACGAGACGGACGAGACGAGACGACGCCGAACGACGACCGACCGACCAGCGACAGCGACAUCAACAAGACAACGACACCGACGACGACAGCGACAGCGACAGCGACAACGACGACACCGAUUCGCCGGAGGCCGAUUGGGGAUGGUGGUGGGCCAUCGACAAUACGACAAUAUCGACGCCUCCUUCGACAGACGACGACGACGACGACGACGACGACGACGACACGACGACAACCGACGGAGCUACACCGGGCGGCUAA